UACGCACACACGUCUUAGCAGCACGCGCGUCACUUCCGGCGUCCACUCCUCCUGUCCGUGCGGCUUCCUGGCUGCUGACCCGGAUGGUGUAUAGCGGUCUCGGUGCUGCUGCUCUCCUGUCACCUGACGCAGCGGCGGCCGGCGGCCCUCCUUCUCCCUCUCCUCUCCCUCCUCACCCAGCUGCCGUGCCGAAGUUCUCCUCUUCCCGCACCGUCACCUCGUCAGGCUCUCAUCCCAGCCUUACCCCCGGCCUCCCCGCCCCGGUGUCCCGCCCGGAGGGGGCCCGGCUGCCGAUAAUGGCGGCGGGGGCAGCGGCGGGAGCCUCGGAGUGGCUGGUGCUGAGGGACGGUUGCCUGCGCUGCGAUGAGCACGGUGUGAGCAGUUUGUCCUACCAUCCGGCACUCAACGCCAUCCUGGCCGUCACUACCCGGGGGAGUAUCAAAGUCAUCGAUGGCACGUCCGGAGCGAUCCUGCAGGCGUCAGCCGGUCACGCAAAGCCUGGUGUGCGAGUAAAAUGCCAGUACUUUCCAACUGUUGAUAAAGUUAUCUUCGUGGACGAUUAUGCAGUUGGUUGUCGGAAAGACCUAAAUGGCAUCUUACUACUAGACACAGCACUUCAGACUCCAGUCACAAAACCGGAUGAUGUGAUCCAGCUUGAAUUGCCAGUAACUGAGGUGCAGCAAUUGCUGUCUGCUUGCCUGGAGAAAAUUGACGUGUCUAGUGCUGAAGGUUAUGAUUUGUUUAUUAUGCAGCUGAAAGAUGGCUUCAAAAAUACCUCACAUGAGACAGCAGCAAAUCAUAAAGUUGCAAAGUGGGCAACAGUCACAUUUCAUCUUCCUCACCAUGUGUUAAAGUCUGUGACUGGUGCAAUCGUGAAUGAGCUAAAGAAGAUAAAUCAAAAUAUCGCUGCAUUGCCUGUAGCCUCCUCUAUAAUGGACAGGCUGUCUUAUCUGCUAACUAGUGCAAGACCUGAACUUGGUGUGGGGCCUGGACGAUCUGUAGAUCGGUCCUUGAUGUACAGUGAAGCAAACAGACGGGAGACCUUUACUUCUUGGCCUCAUAUCGGCUACAGAUGGGCUCAGCCUGAUCCCAUGGCUCAAGCAGGUUUUUAUCAUCAGCCAGCUUCCUCAGGAGAUGAUCGUGCCAUGUGCUUCACAUGUAGCGUAUGUUUAGUGUGCUGGGAACCCACAGAUGAACCCUGGUCUGAGCAUGAGAGACAUUCCCCAAAUUGUCCGUUUGUGAAAGGUGAACACACUCAGAAUGUACCCCUCUCCGUUACGCUUGCAACAUGUCCUGCCCAGUUCCCCUGCACAGAUGGCACAGAUAGAAUAUCCUGUUUUGGGGUGGGAAACUGCCCACACUUUCUUGCUGCUGCAACAAAAAGAGGAAAAAUUUGUGUGUGGGAUGUAUCUAAGCUCAUGAAGGUGCACUUAAAAUUUGAAGUUAACCCAUAUGACCCUGCAAUAGUGCAGCUUUUGGUUCUCACAGGUGACUCCACUACCACAGUUGAGACCAGGAGGCCAACACUGGCAUGGUUAGAGGACUCAUCUAGCUGUUCCGACAUCCCAAAGCUGGAGGGAGACAGUGAUGACUUGCUGGAUGAUUCAGAUAGUGAAGAGCGAUCAAGAUCUGAUUCUGUAACAGGACACACAUCUCAGAAGGAAACUAUGGAGAUGAGCCUGGAUAUAACUGCCCUCAGUAUACUACAACAGCCAGAAAAACUUCAGUGGGAGAUUGUUGCCAACGUCCUCGAAGAUACUGUAAAGGACUUGGAGGAACUUGGGACAAACCCUUCUUUAAUUGGUUGUAAAAGUGAAAAGUCCAAGGAGAAGCAUUUAGACCAGCACAACAUUCCCUUUCCUUGCUUACUGACGGGUGGUUUACUGACGUACAAGUCCCCUGCUACCUCCCCAACUAGUAGCAAUUCACGUAGGUCUCUUGAUGCUUUAAACAGGACUCCAGGCGAGAGCUCUUCGGAGCAGGGCUCUACUGACAAUGAAUCUGGCAUGAAUUCAGAUCUUAACUCUCCUUUGGUGAAAAGGACUCUACCUGUAAUGCUGCUGUACAGCAUUAAAGAGUCUGAUGAAAAAGCAGGGAAGCUUUUUUCUCAGAUGAACAAUAUUAUGAGCAAAAGUUUACAUGAUGAUGGAUUUACUGUCCCCCAAAUAAUUGAAAUGGAGCUUGAUAAUCAGGAGCAGUUGCUUCUGCAAGACCCCCCUGUCACCUACAUACAGCAGUUUGCUGAGGCCACUGCUAACCUGACCUCCCCUGAUACAGACAAGUGGACGUCUAUGGUUCCUAAGCCAGGAAUGCUAGUGCAGUGCAUGCGGCUGCCGAAGUUUGCAGAAGAGGAGAACCUGUGUGUAGAGUCCAUUAUUCCAUGUGCUGAUGGUGUCCAUCUCUUAGUAGGUUUACAGAAAUGUCCUGCAGAAUCAUUGAGUGCAAUAAAUCAAGUAGAGGCCUUGAAUAACUUAAACAAAUUAAACUCUGCUCUUUGCAGUAGGCGGAAAGGAGAAGCUGAGCACAGUCUCAGCACUGUGAAUGGAACAAGUAUCAAUGUUAUUCCCUGUGAAUCUUCAGCAGAAGUUCAUGAUCCUUUAAUUAUCCAGCCAGUCCAGAGAAGCAUGAGCGGUGGUUACUUGGUGAUUUAUAAAAUGAAUUAUACAACCAGGAUAGUGACUUUGGAGGAGCAGCCAGUUAAAAUAUUACACAUUAAAGACCCUCAGGAUGCCAUUACCUCACUUAUUUUAUUACAGCCUGAUAUUUUAGAUAACCGAGAGGAUGACUGUGAGGAGUUAUCAGAAGAGACACCAUUGACUCCUAAAAAUCUUAGUGGCAAAGAGAAGAAAUCUGAUUUUCUUAAUUUGGGACACCUAGUGGUAACUACUCAAGGUGGAUAUGUGAAAAUCCUAGAUCUUUCUACGUUUGAAGUCAUGGCUAAAGUGGAUCCACCAAAGAAGGAGGGAUCGGAUGAUGUGGACCCCUUUGUGUCCGUUGUGUACUGUUCGGGCACAGACCGGUUGUGCGCAUGUACUAAAGGGGGAGAACUUCAUUUCCUCCAGAUUGGAGGGACAUGUGAUGACCUUGAUGAAACGGAUAUUCUUGUUGAUGGAUCACUGACGAAGGGGGUGGAACAGUUAGUGGAAGGCAUCAAGCCACUGUCAAACCCUUCCAGUCCAGGCAUCACAGGUGUGGAUCUCUUAGUGGAUCAGCCCUUUUCCUUGGAAAUGUUGACGUGCUUAGUUGAACUUACCCGUUUUGAGACUCUAAUACCAAGGUUUUCUGCCACGGUGCCGCCAUGCUGGGUUGAGGUACAACAGGAACAGCAGCAGAGACGCCAUCCGCAGCACUUACACCAGCAGCACCAUGGCGAUGCCGCCCAGCAUACCCGUACUUGGAAACUACAAAAUGACAGCACUAGUUGGGAUGAACAUGUUUUUGAACUGGUCUUACCGAAAGCCUGUAUGGUAGGACACGUGGACUUCAAAUUUCUCCUGAAUUCAAACAUCACAAACAUUCCACAAAUCCAAGUGACAUUACUUAAAAACAAAGCACCCGGAUUAUCAAAAGUAAAUGAGGCACCUGUAGAUAGGCACAUCUCCUUCCCUUUAUCUACAGCCUUCAGUAUUGAAGUGCAGAGAAAUGGAAAGCCUACUCUGGUGGAUUUAAAUGAGGACAUGCAGAACAUGGAAGUAGAUGACUCUCAGUGCCCAAGGCUGUGCCCAUUUUUAGAAGAACACAAAGAAGAUAUCUUGUGUGGUCCGGUGUGGCUCGCAAGUGGUCUUGACCUAUCUGGCCAUGCUGGAAUGUUGACAUUAACAAGUCCUAAACUUGUAAAAGGGAUGGCAGGUGGAAAAUAUCGUUCCUUCCUAAUUCACGUGAAGGCUGUAAAUGAUAGAGGAGCAGAGGAGCAUUGUAAUGGAGGAACUAGACCGGUUGUAAGGAUACCCUCUUUAAAGCCCCAGAGUGUGAAAGGGCAUUCCCUUGCUUCACUACUGGCUAAGGUUGUUCCAGGCAAGGAUAAAUCUGUAACAAAAAUUGAUGCCGGCAACUCCUCCCGGAAAACUGAUAACCAUAGAGGAUGUGACCUACUCCAGGAAGUCUCUGUCACAAUACGACGUUUCAAGAAAACCUGUAUUCCAAAAGAAAGAGUCCAAAGAUGUGCUAUGUUGCAGUUCUCAGAUUUCCAUGAAAAGCUUCUGGAUACUCUCUGCAAAAAGACAGAUGAUGGGCUGGCUACAGAGCAUGCUCAGAGCUUGGUCCUAGACAUUCUCUGCUGGCUGGCUGGUGUGCAUUCUAAUGGACCGGGCAGCUUGCGGGAAGGAAAGGAGAGUUUGCUGUCUAAAACAAGAAAGUGUCUGUCUGACAUUGUGCGCACUUGUUUUUUUGAGGCUGGAAGAAGCAUUGCCCAUAAAUGUGCCCGCUUCUUAGCUCUUUGCAUUAGCAAUGGAAAAUGUGAUCCUAAUCAACAGGGCUUUGGCUUUGUCCUUUUGAAGGCUUUACUGGAGAACAUCACCUAUCUACCCUCUGCUGCAACUGGAGGGUCAGUCUACUGGUAUUUUGUUUUGUUAAAUUAUGUUAAAGAUGAAGAUCUGGCUGGUUGUAGCACAUCCUGUGCGUCUCUUCUCACCGCUAUUUCCAGACAGUUGCAAGACAGGCUUACCCCUAUGGAGGCGCUUCUUCAAACCAGAUAUGGACUGUACAGUUCUCCUUUUGACCCUGUGCUCUUUGAUUUGGAAGUCAGUGGUUCCUCUUGUAAAAAUAUUUAUAACAGCAGCUCUGGUAUACAGUCAGAUGAAAUUGACCUUUCAGAUGUCCUUUUAGGCAGUGGAAAAGUGAAUAGCUGCACGGCUGCGGAGGGCAGCUUUACUUCUCUUACAGGACUGCUAGAAGUAGAACCUUUGCACUUUACUUGCGUAUCUACCAGUGAUGGCACCAGAAUUGAGAGGGAUGAUGCAAGUACGUUCACCGUGAGCACGUUUGGUGUGACCCCAGCGGUGGGCGGUCUGUCUGCCGGGACGGUAGGAGAAGCAUCGACCGCUCUGAGUUCUGCAGCUCAGGUUGCUCUUCAGUCGCUUUCCCACGCAAUGGCCUCAGCCGAGCAGCAGCUCCAGGUACUGCAAGAGAAACAACAGCAGCUUCUGAAGCUUCAGCAACAGAAGGCAAAACUGGAGGCCAAAUUGCAUCAGACCACAGCAGCAGCCGCUGCGGCUGCCUCCGCAGUAGGCCCGGUACACAACUCUGUGCCUUCAAACCCUGUUGCAGCGCCGGGGUUUUUCAUCCAUCCAUCUGAUGUUAUCCCUCCAACCCCAAAAACAACGCCUCUCUUCAUGACUCCACCGCUUACGCCACCCAAUGAGGCUGUGUCGGCUGUCAUCAAUGCAGAGCUUGCACAGCUGUUUCCUGGCACAGUGAUUGAUUCUCCACCUGCAAUCCUUGCUGGCCAUGGCAAAAAUACUAACAAAUCUAGAGGGACUCAGCUGGGUUCAGGUCUUGCCCUGGCAAUCUCUCAUGCGUCUCAUUUCCUGCAGCCGCCUCCUCAUCAGUCCAUUAUUAUUGAGAGAAUGCACUCAGGUGCCAGGAGAUUUGUGACUCUGGAUUUUGGCAGACCCGUGCUUCUUACAGAUAUUCUUAUUCCUACCUGUGGUGAUUUGGCCUCUUUAUCCAUUGACAUUUGGAGCUUAGGUGAAGAAGUAGAUGGUAGAAGAUUAGUGGUUGCAACAGACAUCAGCACCCAUUCACUUAUUCUACAUGAUUUGAUACCACCGCCUGUUUGCAGGUUUAUGAAGAUUACAGUAAUCGGACGUUACGGAAGCACAAAUGCCAGGGCCAAGAUCCCCCUAGGCUUUUACUAUGGCCAUACUUAUAUCUUACCUUGGGAGAGUGAACUGAAAUUAAUGCAUGACCCACUGAGAGGUGAAAGUGAGUCUUCAAGUCAGCCAGAGAUUGACCAGCAUCUUACAAUGAUGGUGGCACUACAGGAAGACAUCCAGUGCAGGUAUAACCUCGCUUGCCAUCGACUAGAGACUCUGCUGCAGAGCAUUGAUCUCCCACCACUGAACAGUGCCAACAAUGCACAGUAUUUCCUGAGAAAGCCGGAUAAGGCUGUAGAGGAGGAUAGUAGAGUUUUCUCUGCUUACCAAGACUGCAUACAGCUGCAACUGCAACUGAACCUGGCUUAUCACGCAGUUCAAAGGCUUAAGGUGGCUCUCGGCAUGAGCAGAAAAACCCUGAGGGAACAGUUUGAUUCUAGAGAAUUGAUCCAUACAUCCUCAACUGAGCAGCUCCGCACUAUUAUCCGAUAUCUUCUGGACACACUGCUUAGCCUCCUUCACUCCUCCAAUGGACACUCUGUGCCAGCAGUACUUCAGAACACUUUCCACGCUCAGGCCUGCGAAGAGCUUUUCAAACAUCUGUGUAUAAGUGGAACCCCAAAGAUUCGACUGCAUACUGGUCUUCUCCUGGUACAGCUGUGUGGUGCUGAGAGGUGGUGGGGCCAGUUUCUCUCAAAUGUUUUGCAAGAACUCUACAACUCUGAACAGCUCCUGAUCUUUCCCCAGGAUCGAGUCUUCAUGCUACUUUCUUGCAUAGGCCAAAGAUCACUUAGUAAUAGUGGAGUAUUGGAAAGCUUACUGAAUCUCUUGGACAGCCUUUUAUCUCCUCUACAACCACAUCUCCCUAUAUACAGACGCGGUGAAGGUGUCUUGGACAUUCCUAUGAUUAGCUGGGUCGUCAUGCUGGUUUCUCGUUUACUGGAUUAUGUUGCUACAGUGGAGGAUGAAGCUGCAGCCUCAAAAAAACCUUUAAAUGGCAAGGAGCGAGAGAGGUUCUUAUCAGGUAACCAGUGGAGUUUUAUAAACAAUAGCCUGCACACCCACAGUCUGAACAGGUCAACCAAAGGAAGCAGUAGUUUGGAUAGACUGUACUCCAGGAAGAUCAGGAAACAGCUUGUUCACCACAAACAGCAACUCAACCUACUGAAGGCAAAACAGAAGGCUUUAGUAGAGCAAAUUGAAAAGGAGAAAAUACAGAGCAACAAAGGAUCUUCGUACAAGCUGCUUGUGGAACAAGCCAAGCUGAAACAGGCCACUUCUAAGCACUUUAAAGAUUUGAUACGUCUGCGCCGCACUGCUGAGUGGCCCAGAUCUGCUCAGGACACAGAAGUAUCCACAACGAAGGAGAGCCCAGAAAUUGAGCCUCUACCUUUCACAUUGGCACAUGAGCGCUGUAUUUCUGUUGUGCAGAAACUAGCUCUCUUCCUCUUAUCGAUGGACUUCACUUGUCAUGCCGAUCUACUCCUGUUUGUCUGCAAGGUCCUUGCCAGGAUAGCAAAUUCUACUCGCCCAACAAUACAUUUAUGUGAAGUUGUGAAUGAGCAGCAGUUGGAAAGGCUUCUGCUGCUUCUGGUUGGGACAGACUUCAAUAGAGGAGACAUUUCUUGGGGCGGUGCCUGGGCCCAAUACUCUCUCACCUGCAUGCUCCAGGACAUCUUAGCAGGCGAGCUGUUAGCCCCAAUAGCAGCUGAAGCCCUGGAUGAAGGCACCAUGGGAGAGGAGGCUGGUGCUUCAGCUGGGGACUCUGAUGACUCUUUGCCGCAGUCCUCUGUCAUCCCCUUGGUUGAGACUGUGGAUGAGCCUUUAACCCCUGAUAUCACAGGUGGUCCGCCUCUAUCAUCUUUGGAUAAAGAUAAAGAAAUUGACCUUGAAUUACUGCAAGACCUGAUGGAAGUUGAUAUUGAUCCUUUAGAUAUUGAUUUGGAAAAAGAUCCUCUCGCUGCCAAAGUUUUCAAGCCUAUUAGCAGCACGUGGUAUGAUUAUUGGGGUGCUGACUACGGCACCUAUAAUUACAACCCUUACAUCGGAGGUGUUGGGAUUCCAGUGGCAAAACCAGCAGCCACUACAGAAAAAAACGGUGCCCAAACCGUGACCGUGUCUGUUUCUCAAGCUCUAGAUGCUCGUUUAGAAGUUGGUCUUGAGCAGCAAGCAGAAUUGAUGUUAAAGAUGAUGUCCACCCUUGAGGCUGAUUCCAUCUUGCAAGCACUGACCAAUUCAUCUCCUACAUUAUCACAGCCUUCAAGCGGAACAGAUGACUCUUUAUUACGAGGACUUUAUGCAUCCAGUCAGUCGAAUCAACUAAUUGUUCAGUCGUCUUCCAUUCCCAUGCUGAGUGCUUGUUUUAACAAGCUAUUUUCCAUGCUGCAAGUGCAUCAUGUACAGCUCGAGUCUCUCCUACAAUUAUGGCUCACAUUGAGCCUGAAUUCUAGUUGGAAUGGGUGUAAAGAAAAUGUUGGAGACCUGUUCUUAUACAAUGCUAUUAGAGUACCAGUGAUCUCCUUAAACCAAGCUUCUAUAACAAGCUUUUUAACAGUCCUGGCCUGGCAUCCAAAUACUUUGCUUCGGACAUGGUGCCUUGUGCUUCACAGCCUCACUCUCAUGACAAACAUGCAACUGAACGCUGGACCUAGCAACACUAUUGGAGCUCAGGAAAACACUGCCCAACUGCUGGUAUCAGACACAAAUCUCCUUCAUGUACUUGUGAAAUUCCUCUCAGGAACAAAUCCCCAUGGGACCAACCAGCACAGCCCCCAGGUUGGGCCCACUGCUACUCAGGCAAUGCAGGAGUUCCUGACACGACUACAAGUCCAUCUCUCUUCUACCAGCCCCCAGAUGUUCAGUGAAUUUCUAUUAAAGCUGAUACACAUACUCUCAACAGAAAGAGGUGCUUUUCAGUCUGGACAAGGACCAUUGGAUGCUCAGGUGAAACUCCUAGAAUUCACUCUGGAACAAAAUUUUGAAGUAGUCUCUGUCAGCACUAUCUCUGCAGUAAUAGAAUCUGUUACCUUUCUGGUUCAUCACUAUAUCACCUGCUCUGACAAAGUGGUGUCUCGUAGUGGAUCUGACAGCUCUGUAGGAGCAAGGGCUUGUUUCGGUGGCCUUUUUGCAAAUAUUAUUCGACCUGGUGAUGCCAAAGCAGUUUGUGGAGAAAUGACACGUGAUCAGCUAAUGUUUGAUUUGUUGAAGCUGGUUAACAUCUUGGUUCAGUUGCCACUGUCCAGUAAUAAAGAGUUUAGUGCCCGUGCACCUGUCGUUAGCAGCACGACCGACAGUGUUUCUGAUGAGGAGAAAGUCUAUGGGGGAAAAGAUGCCAACAGCAAUUCUUCAGCUAUGCAAAAUUCCACUGCAUAUGUGGCAGAUUUGGUGCUAGCCAACCAGCAGAUCAUGAGCCAGAUUCUCUCAGCCUUGGGCCAGUGUAACAGCAGUGCAAUGGCCAUGAUUAUUGGUGCAAGUGGUUUACAUUUAACCAAACAUGAAAACUUUCAUGGAGGAUUAGAUGCCAUUUCUGUUGGUGAUGGCCUGUUCACAAUAUUAACCACACUCAGUAAAAAGGCUACAACAGUUCAAGUUAUGCUGCAACCUAUUUUAACUUACAUGGCAUGUGGAUAUAUGGGUAGACAGGGAUCUCUCUCUACCUGUCAGCUGUCAGAACCCCUGCUAUGGUUCAUCCUAAGAGUUUUAGACACAAGUGAGGCCUUGAAAGCAUUCCAUGAUAUGGGAGGUGUUCAACUCAUCUGCAACAACAUGGUGACAAGCACAAGGGCUAUCGUCAAUACCGCCAGAAGCAUGGUAUCUACAAUCAUGAAGUUCCUUGACUCUGGCCCUAGCAAGGCCUCUGAUAACAGUUUGAAAGCAAGAGUGCUUGCUUCUGAGCCAGACAACGCAGAGGGCAUACACAACUUUGCUCCCCUCGGCACUAUCACUUCAAGUAGUCCUACUGCUCAGCCUGCGGAAGUUCUGCUACAAGCCACCCCACCCCAUAGGAGAGCGCGAUCUGCUGCCUGGUCAUAUAUCUUUUUACCAGAAGAAGCCUGGUGUGAUCUGACCAUUCAUUUACCAGCAGCUGUGCUGUUAAAGGAAAUACAUAUCCAGCCUCACCUUGCUUCUCUUGCCACCUGUCCUUCUUCUGUCUCUGUGGAAAUAAGCGCGGACGGGGUGAAUAUGUUGCCUUUAUCCACACCAGUCAUCACUAGUGGUCUUACAUAUAUAAAAAUUCAACUUGUUAAGGCUGAAGUAGCUUCUGCCGUCUGCUUGCGACUCCACCGUCCCCGUGAUGCCAGCACUCUUGGACUGUCACAAAUUAAAUUACUCGGUCUCACUGCUUUUGGGAACACGUCUUCAGCAACUGUCAGUAACCCCUUCCUUCCUUCAGAGGAUCAAGUGUCGAAGACCAGCAUUGGUUGGUUACGGCUUUUACAUCACUGCCUCACUCAUAUCAGUGAACUAGAAGCUAUGAUGGCAAGUGCUGCAGCACCAACGGCCAACCUGCUACAGACAUGUGCUGCUUUACUGAUGUCACCAUACUGCGGCAUGCAUUCACCCAACAUUGAGGCUGUGUUGGUUAAGAUUGGACUUCAGUCCACCAGGAUAGGUCUUCGGCUCAUUGACAUCCUCCUUCGUAACGGUGCAGCGUCUGGUAGUGAUCCUGCUGACCUAAAUAGCCCUCUUCUUUUUGGAAGACUCAAUGGUUUAUCAUCAGACUCAACAAUCGAUAUCCUGUACCAGCUAGGGACUACUCAAGACCCUGGAACAAAGGAUAGAAUACAGGCUCUGUUGAAGUGGGUGCGUGAUUCUGCUAGAGUGGCUUCAUUGAAAAGGAGCGGUCGUAGCAGCUUCAGUUCUCCCAACAGCUCCCCUAGAGAGUUUGGUCUUUUAAUGCCAUCCCCUUCUCAUUUGCACUGUGUAGCAGCCGUAUUAUGGCACAGCUAUGAGCUUCCUGUGGAAUAUGACUUGCCAGGGUUGCUUAACCGGGAUCUAUUUGAGUCAUUGUAUAAAUGGUCCAUGUCUUUACCCUGCAACAUGGUCUUAAAAAAGGCUGUUGACGGUCUGCUAUGCUCAAUGUGUCACAUCCAUCCCAAUUAUUUCUCCCUUCUAAUGGGCUGGAUGGGAAUUACCCCUCCCCCAAUACAGAGCCAGCACAGACUGUCCAUCACGGAUGACAGCAAAAAUCAGGACCUUAAUACUGCUCUUACGGACGACUCUAAAAACGCACAAGCACCUCUUGCACUAACUGAGUCUCACCUAGCUACACUCGCUGCUUCGUCACAGUCUUCAGAAGCCAUCAAGCAAUUGCUGGAUUCUGGCUUACCCUCCCUUCUUGUCAGAAGCCUGGUUAAUUAUUGCUUCAGUCACAUUUCUAGUUCAGACUGUCCUGCCACCUCUGCGGAUGCCACGCAGGAAAGACUCAGGCGACAAUACACAUCUCAGCACUUUAGUAGGAUGCCAGUCACGGCAGACUUGGUGGCACCAAUUCUCAGGUUUCUGACUGAAGUUGGCAACAGUCAUGUUAUGAAGGAUUGGCUUGGGGGUUCUGAAGUUAACCCUCUGUGGACAACACUUUUGUUUUUACUUUGUCAUUCUGGUGCCAGCUCAGCAGGUCACAUAAACGGAUCACAGCAGACCAAUGCCAGAUGCACUUUAAUGAGUUCCACUACAGGAAAUGGUCUGACUACUCAACAAAGAACUGCUGUGGAAAAUGCAACAGUGGCCUUUUUCUUGCAGUGCAUAUCUUGUCACCCAAAUAACCAGAGAUUAAUGGCACAGGUGCUCUGUGAGCUGUUCCAAACGUCUCCGCAGCGCGGAAAUCUCCCAGCCUCUGGAAAUAUUUCUGGCUUUAUCCGAAGACUCUUCCUACAAUUGAUGUUGGAGGAUGAGAAAGUAACAAUGUUUCUUCAGUCUCCCUGCCCGUUGUACAAAGGCAGAAUCAAUGCUACGAGUCACAUCAUCCAACAUCCGAUGUAUGGAGCAGGGCACAAGUUCCGUACCCUGCACUUGCCUAUCUCCACCACACUAGCGGAACUUCUUGACCGGGUCUCAGGCAGUAAAAUUGAAUUUGAAAGCUGGGAUUCACAAAACACACCAAGUAUUACAGCUAAGCUAAUAAGUGAGCAGAAGGAUGAUAAAGAGAAGAAAAACCAUGAGGAGAAGGAGAAAGUGAAAGCAGAAAAUGGAUUUCAGGAUAAUUACAGUGUGGUUGUUGCUUCAGGUUUGAAAUCUCAGUCAAAACGUGCUGUGUCUUCAACACCACCUCGUCCACCGUCUAGACGAGGGAGGGUAAUGACUGAUAAAGUAGGCUCUUCAUCUGGUUUGGACUCUUCCAGCAAGACCAUCAGCAUUCCAGUCUUUCACCUUUCCCAUAAAUUGUUACCAGGUCAGCCCUUACCUCCUGAAAUGACCCUUGCACAGCUCCUCACCCUGUUAUAUGAAAGGAAGCUACCUCAAGGUUUCCGUUCUGUAGACUUAACAGUUAAACUUGGUUCCAAGGUCAUCUCUGAUCCAAGCCUUUCUAAAACAGACUCUUUUAAGCGUCUACACACGGAAAAAGAACAUGGGGAUAUGCUGGGCUCCUGCCCUGAAGAUGAAAUGCUAAGCCCUGGAGAUGAAUGCAUGGAAUCCAUUUUGGAUGAUUCUUUCCUGGAAACCUGUCCAAUUCAGUCACCAUUGCAGGUCUUUGCCGGAAUGGGUGGACUAGCCCUCAUUGCUGAACGGCUUCCAAUGCUUUAUCCAGAUGUCAUUCAGCAAGUCAGUGCUCCUGUUGUUACCUCAACAACUCAAGAAAAGCCAAAGGACAGUGAUCAGUUUGAAUGGGUUACUAUUGAACAAUCUGGGGAGCUUGUUUAUGAAGCCCCAGAAACUAUUGCUGCGGAGCCUCCCCCUAUUAAGUCUGCUGUGCAGACUAUGUCCCCUAUUCCUGCUCACUCCCUUGCUGCAUUUGGACUUUUUCUUCGUCUCCCAGGAUAUGCAGAGGUUCUGCUGAAAGAGAGGAAACACGCACAGUGCCUUCUCCGUCUGGUGCUUGGAGUUACAGAUGAUGGGGAAGGAAGUCACAUCUUACAGUCCCCAUCUGCAAAUGUCCUACCAACCCUUCCAUUUCAUGUUCUCCGCUCCUUAUUCAGCACUAUGCCACUCACAACAGAUGACGGUGUGCUCUUGAGACGCAUGGCACUUGAAAUAGGAGCGAUACAUCUGAUAUUAGCCUGCUUAUCUGCAUUGAGCCAUCAUGCGCCCAGGAUACCAAAUUCCAGCUCUAAUCAGACAGAGGUUUCUAGCACUCACAGUAGUGGCACUUGUGAAGAACAGCAGCUUUAUUGGGCCAAAGGCACUGGCUUUGGCACCGGAUCUACUGCUUCAGGCUGGGACGUUGAACAGGCCCUUACAAAGCAGAGACUGGAGGAGGAGCAUGUCACCUGUUUGUUGCUGGUUCUUGCUAGCUACAUCAAUCCAUCUGGAUGUGCAGUUAAUGGUGAGCCACCAGCCAAUGAGAGCAGAGGACAGAACAGUAAUGCACUCCCAUCUGUCUUGCAAGAGCUGCUAAGUCAGUCCUGUCUUAUCCCAGCCAUGUCGUCAUACCUGCGUAACGACUCAGUGUUGGAUAUGGCCAGGCAUGUGCCGUUGUAUCGAGCUCUGCUGGAACUGCUCCGAGCAAUCUCUUCGUGUGUAGCUCUAGUACCUCUGCUGCUUCCACUUACUGGGAUUAAUGGAGAAGAGGAAGAAGAACAGACUGAAUCACAAGCAUCUGUGGGCACCUUGCUGGCAAAAAUGAAAACCUGUGUUGACACCUACACCAACAGAUUAAGGUCCAAGAAAGAUAAGGCCAAGGCUGGAGUAAAACCAGAUGCAUCUGAUCCCGAGCCAGAAGGCCUGACUCUUCUGGUGCCAGACAUUCAGAGAACUGCAGAGAUAGUUUAUGCCGCCACCACCAGCCUCCGGCAAGCUAAUCAAGAAAGGAAGCUGGCUGAGUUCUCCAAAAAGGUCUCUGUGAAGUCUAAACCUUUCUCAAUCUUGCGGUCCUUAGAAGAGAAAUAUGUCGCCAUUAUGAAAAAGCUGCAGUUUGACACUUUUGAGAUGGUGUCUGAAGAUGACGACGGAAAGUUGAUGUUUAAAGUGAAUUACCAUUACAUGUCUCAGGUGAAAAAUGCAAGCGAUGCAAACAGUGCUGCACGAGCCCGGCGCCUCGCCCAGGAGGCGGUGACACUUUCUACGUCGCUGCCGCUGUCCUCUUCAUCCAGUGUCUUUGUCCGGUGUGAUGAGGAGCGAUUAGACAUCAUGAAGGUUUUAAUAACUGGACCAGCAGACACACCGUAUGCCAAUGGCUGUUUUGAAUUUGAUGUGUACUUUCCUCAAGAUUAUCCUAAUUCUCCUCCACUUGUGAAUUUGGAAACAACAGGAGGCCACAGUGUUCGAUUUAAUCCUAACCUUUACAAUGAUGGAAAGGUUUGUUUAAGCAUUCUGAACACUUGGCAUGGAAGGCCAGAAGAAAAAUGGAAUCCACAGACAUCAAGUUUCCUGCAGGUAUUGGUGUCGGUCCAGUCCCUCAUCCUUGUAUCUGAGCCGUAUUUUAAUGAGCCUGGUUAUGAGCGGUCAAGGGGCACGCCAAGUGGUACUCAGAGCUCCAGGGAGUACGAUGGGAAUAUCAGACAGGCCACAGUCAAGUGGGCCAUGCUAGAACAAAUUAGAAAUGCUUCACCAUGUUUUAAAGAGGUGAUUCAUAAACAUUUUUACUUGAAGCGAGCGGAGAUCAUGGCUCAGUGUGAGGACUGGAUUGUAGAUAUUCAGCAAUUUAGCAGUGACAAACGUGUCGGUAGGACGAUGUCUCACCAUGCAGCAGCUUUAAAGCGACAUACGGCUCAGCUCCGAGAAGAACUCUUAAAGCUCCAGUGCCCUGAAGGCUUGGACCCAGAUGCUGAUGAGUCUACAGAAAAAUGCCUUGCUACAGCAAGCUGCGAGGAGGCUUCACUGCACGAACAGGUCAAACCCAGCAGCAGUAAAGACAACCCUGGUGACUUCAAAUUCUGAGCUGCAGUGGCAUGGACUUUUACACACAGGCUUUGAAGCACAGCCAAAUAUGUCCAUAUUUGUAUGUAAGAAGCUAAUUAUGUAAUAGUUAAUGAAGCUAAAACUAUUCUAUGCCCUUAAGGAUAUACAGUUUAAUUCAAGAUGAUCUUUUACCUGUAAAAGAGUGUAAACUUUUUUUUUUUGUGCUUUUAUUUUUCAAUUGUGAGAACCACUGAUUUGGUAUGUUUAGCAAAAAUGUAAACAUGAAAAUGGAGAAAUCACUGAAAUAAGGGAAAAGUUCCUUAGGAAAGAAUGUUUACGGAAAUGUUUUUCAUUUCUUUUUCCUGUUUUUGUUUUUUUGUUUUUUUACCGAUGGCGUGAGGGCGUUGUAACAAAGAAUAUAUAUUAGUCAUUCUUAUUACUAUAACUAUUUAAAAACUGCAAAUUUUCACAAAAUUUGAUAGAUUUUGGCCAUAUCUGCAUUCUCAUCUUUGAUUUCUACAGAAAACUCCUGCUUUCUUCAAUAAACUUUAAACAGACAUGCUCCCUAUGAAAUGAAUUGCUGGUACAUUUUUCUUUUUUUUAAUAAAAAGAAUAAAUCUACAAUCAUAAGAUCUUAUAACUGGAGACUUGCUCUUGUAAGACUGAAUUUAUCGCAGUCCAAUUCAUUUGAUGCACAUUAAAUAAAUGGACCUUGUUUUAACUUCCGCUCCUA